AACUUUUAUCCAGAAAACAUUUGACUUUUUAACAAUUUAAUAGCUUAAAGUUCAACAGGGGGAAAAUAAUUAAGUGAUCAUCGAUGAAUCGAUAGUUUUGUGAAUUAUUUCAGACAUUUUACAAAUAUAUUUCAUUUAACUUGUGGUUUCCUGAAAGAUUAGAAUCUUUUUAACAUUUCUUACUUGGGGCGGACAGAAAGUUUUAAUUCAUGUUUUUAAUUACAUUUAAUUGUAUAUUCAAAUUUAUUUGUUUAUCAGUAGUCUCAUUGAACAGAAAUUGAAGAAAAUAAUAAAACUAACAAUCUUGAAAGUACAGGCAGUUUUUUGAGGUGGGGAGUUGUUGACAAUUAUAUGGAAUUUAUUGUGAAAAUAAAUUAAAAUUCUUAUCGUGAUAACAACUUUACCAUGAUAAUAAUAGACAAUACCAUAAAUACCCACUCCUGUUUUUCUUAUGUUUAUCAGUGAGUUUUGUGACAGCAUCACGAACGGAAGCUAAGAAUUCCGGGUUCGCCUCCAGGACUGUGAACACACCAAAGUAGCCGUUGGGAUCGAACCUUAUAGUUUCCAGUCAGUAACGGUUCCGUUAAAUGUCAGAAGAUUCAUUUUUGUUCCCGAUUUCUCCAGCUAAACGUUAAAAUGGCCGAAGUUGAUGAAAUAGUGAAGAGGCUCCAGGCUCAAAAAGGAGUGGAAGGAGUCAUCAUCGCUAAUUCUGAGGGAAUCGCCAUCAGGUCCACUCUGGAAGACCAGCACACGGUCCAGUAUGUGGCGUUGAUCCAACCCCUGCUGGUGAAGGCUAAGAAGAUGCUGCAGGAAAUGGAUCCCUCGGACGACUUCACCUACCUGCGGGUCCGCACUGAGAAGAACGAGAUCAUCAUCACUUCAGAUAAGGAAUAUUUCAUGGUUGCGAUCCAGAAGCCUGCACCCUGAAGUUGCUUCUUCUUUUUCAAUCUUUAAUCUUUAUUGAAAGUUUAUAUUUUAUCAUCCACACCAACAAUAUUCAAUGUUUCUUUAAAGAUGGUACAUCUUGUUUGUCCCAGGUUCUUGUUCUAGUUUGCUUUGCAGCGGUUAAUAAAUUUUGCUCCCA